AUGGAUUCUAAACUCAAUUGGAAGGCAAACUUGGUUGAGAGAGUCCGCAAAGCUACUUGUGCCACUUACUGUUGUAGAAGAGCUAUAGGUCGUAGCUGGGGUCUUCAACCUCGUAUUUUAAAUUGGCUCUAUACGGCAGUUAUUGAACCUACUCUUCUCUAUGGGGUUGCUUUCUGGUGGCAAGCUACUGAAAAGGCAUGUCACUCUAAACUUAUUGACAAAACUAGGAGAAUAUCCGCUCUUCAAAUCACCGGUGCUUUGCGCUUCACUCCCACUAAGGCCCUUUUCACUCUGCUUCACUGGUUGCCAUCGCGGCUUCUUGUAAAACAGCAAGCUAAGAUUGUAGCAACCAGACUAAAUGCUCUUCCACGCUGGUCUAGAAUUGAUACAGGACAUGCGAUCAUACUGAAUCAGGAUCUUCCAGCCCCCUUAUCAAUCGACUACAAGUGUUCCUACUCAGACCUUAACCAGGGGUUUAAAGUUCUUAUACCUAGCAGAGAAGACUGGACCCUUGGAAGAGUAUCUACCUCUAAUACAAUAGACAUCUACACAGAUGGCUCCAAAAUAGACAAUCGAGUCGGCUGUGGCAUUUUCUCGGAAAGAUUAGGUCUUAGUGUCUCGCUUCGACUUCCUAACUACUGUAGUGUUUUCCAAGCAGAAGUAAUGGCUAUCCAUUAUGUUGUAAAAUGGAUCCUUGACAAUUGUACCUCUGUAGAAAGCUAUUCGAUUUUCUCGGACAGUCAGGCUGCCGUUAAAUCACUGGUAAGCACCUCAGCCUCAUCAAUUAUUACGCAAAAUUGCCGUGUUUCUCUCAAUGACCUAGCUAUGUGUGCUAACGUUCAACUUAUCUGGGUUCCUGGUCAUAGGGAUAUUGCGGCAAACAUAAACACACUUUCUAGCGAACAUCAAAUUAAAACAAAAUGUGGAGCGGCUAAAAGAACAGUACAAGAACCCACCAGUGAAGUACACAUCGCAGUCCCACCUAUGCCACAAACCAUUGAACAAUCAGCAAUUGGAUCGAAUUCAGGGACGGACUUACAGUUAAAUAUUAAACGUCGUGAUUUCGUGAAUCUGGAGGAACUGGUAGCAUUGGCCGAAGACUUUGAGCUAUUACGCCGCGAACAGGAAACAACUAAUCAUAACAAGCCAAGUGAGGAACGUAACCAUACAAUGAAAGUCCAGAACAUGAAAAUAGAUCAUCCCAAAUUGGCCUGUCGCCGCUGUGGACAAUGCGGACUCAUUGCUAGUAGAUGCUAA